AUGCCGCGCGAGAUAAUCACGCUGCAAGUUGGUCAAUGCGGCAAUCAGGUGGGCACCGAGUUCUGGAGGAAGCUGUGUCUGGAGCACGGCAUCAACAAUGACGGCAUUCUCCAGGACUACGCCGCGGCCGGCGACACCGGUGACAGGAAGGACGUGUUCUUCUACCAAGCUGACGACGAGCGCUACAUCCCCCGCGCCUGCCUGAUCGACCUGGAGCCCAGGGUAAUCAACGGCAUCCAGAACUCAGAGGUGCGCAACCUGUUCAACCCGGAGAACAUCUUCCUGUCCGACCACGGAGGCGGCGCGGGCAACAACUGGGCCUCGGGGUACCACCAAGGCGAAUCGGUGCAGGACGACAUCCUGGACAUGGUGGACCGCGAGCUGGGCUACUCCGACUCGUUGGAGGGCUUCACCCUCUGCCACUCCAUCGCGGGUGGCACCGGCUCCGGCAUGGGCUCCUACCUGCUGGAGGCCCUGAACGACCGCUACCCGCGCAAGCUGGUCCAGACCUACUCCGUGUUUCCAAACCAGUCAGAGAGCAGCGACGUGGUGGUGCAGCCCUACAACUCCCUGCUCACGCUCAAGCGCCUGACCUUGAAUGCCGACGCGGUGACGGUGCUGGACAACACGGCGCUCAACCGCCUGGCAACCGAGCGACUGCACAUCCCUAAUCCCUCCUUCUCUCACACCAACAGCCUGGUGUCGACCGUCAUGGCAGCCAGCACCGCCACACUGCGAUACCCAGGCAUCGGCAGCUACAUGAACAACGACCUUGUGGGCCUGCUGGCCUCCCUCAUCCCCAUCCCGCAGUGCCACUUCCUCAUGGCCGGUUACACCCCCGUGACCCUGGACAGCGAGGAAAGCAGGGCGGCGGCCAUCGUCAGGAAGACCACGGUGCUGGAUGUCAUGCGCCGGCUACUCCAGGCAUGGAUCUCGAUGGUGCCCAAGAACCUCAUGGUGUCCACGCCCUCGCGUGCCAAGGGCCUUGACCAGUCCAAGUACAUCUCCAUCCUGAACAUCAUCCAGGGCGACGUGGACCCCACCCAGCUCCACCAGUCCCUGAUGCGCAUCCGGGAGCGGCGGCUGGCCAACUUCAUCGAGUGGGGCCCCGCCUCCAUCCAGGUGGCGCUGUCCCGCAAGUCGCCGUACACCAAGUCGGGGCACCGGGUGUCGGGCCUGAUGCUGGCAAACCACACCUCCAUCCGCCACCUGUUCAACCGCACCAUCUCCCAGUUCGACAAGCUCUUCCAGCGCAAGGCCUUCGUGGACAACUACAAGGAAUUCCCCAUGUUCCAUCGGUCCAGCGGGUCUGGCAUCGAGCUGAGCCUGGAUGAGUUCCUGGACGCGCGGGAGGUGGUCCAGGGCAUGAGCGACGAGUACGCGGCCGCGGAGAGCGCCGAUUAUAUCGAGAGGGCGGGAGGAGAGGACGCGCUCUCCGGCCAACUCGCCGCUCAGAUGAGUCUUGGCACGGACCCGCGGGUGCCGGUGCAGUGA